AUGAGCAUGGCGGAUGCGGCUCUCCCGACGCUCGAAGACCUCACCGACCCGCGCGAGUGGCUCGAGGAGGUGGAGGGCGACAAGCAGAUUGGCUGGGUCAAGGAGCAAAACGCCGAUGCGGUCGCGCGGAUCGGAGAGCCGUCCGACAAGCCGCUGUACGGCCGGCUGCUCGAGAUCAUGGAGAGCGACGAGAAGAUCCCAUACAUCGGCCGCGUGCUCAACGGGCUCUACUACAACUUUUGGCAGGACGAGACGCACGUGCAGGGCAUCUGGCGGCGGUGUACGCUCGACGAGUACCGCAAGGCGGAGCCGGAGUGGGAGCUCGUCCUCGACCUCGAUGCGCUGAGCGCGGAGAGCGGCACCGCUGCGUGUGUGUGGGUCGGCGCACCCGCUGGCGCCGCUCCCGAGGCGUCUCCGACUCUCCCUGUAGGCGUCUCGUGGGUGUGGGGCGGCUCGACGCUGCUAGACGAGGGGCCCGGCGUGCGCAAGGACCGGGUGAUGGUCUCUCUCUCGCGCGGCGGAGCGGACGCGAAGGUGUCGAGAGAGUUCGACCUCGACGCGAAGGAGUUUGUGGCCGUGUCAGACGGCGGCUUCGAGCUGCCCGAGGCGAAGAGCCAGCUCUCGUACAAGGACCGCGACACGCUGCUCGUCGGCGGAGUCUUCGGCGACGCGCGGGAGGGCGGGCUUGCGGCUUGGAGGCGGGGCACGCCGCUCGCCGAGGCAACAAAGGUGUACGAGGGCGAGCAGUCGGACGUGUCGGUCGGAGGAUUCGCGUACGAGCUGCGGUACCGCUCGCUCACCUUCUACACCUCCUCGUACGAGCUCAAGGUCGGCGAGGCGGCUUGGGCGCCCAUCCCGAUCCCCGCAGACGCAAACGUCGGCGCCGCCGCCGACGGCCCUGCUCGCACGUUCGCCGACCAGCUCCUCGCGUCGACCGAGACGAAGAACUACCUCGUCCUCUCCUGCCUCGACAACGUCGUGACCGAGUGCCGAUUCUGGAGGUCCCUCAUGCCCUAA